GGCCCGCUUAGGUUCACAGUGUAGAAGAAGAACCCAGCUAGGCGUGGCGUACAGGUAGCCCUGGAGGUGGACCCCGUUGGCUCAUUUGGCAAAGAAAAGUCAAACUGCGCGCUCUUGGGUUCGGCUCUCGUGACCACCACUUAGGCUUGUUCUUUGCCCAACCAUCUGCUUCACCUUCACCUUCCAUCUCCUUGCAAGCGUGUCGCGUUGCUCGUCGCUCAUAGCUCACGCAACCAUCGCCACACUUCAACCUCUGCGAUAGACCUUGAGGCGCAUCCGCCAUCAUGGCCACGACCGCGGAGGAGAAGAAGUAUGCGGGCGAGGUCGACCCUCGCCUGAGCGAAGAUGAUAUCAGUUUGAACAAGGGAGACUUGCUGGGCCAAGAGCAUACCGAUCCGGUGUUGAAUGCGAAGAUGCAUCUGAUCAACAAUGCUAUUGACGAGAUCGGUAUGACAUGGUACCAAUGGAAGCUCUUCUGCCUCAACGGCUUCGGAUACGCAGUCGACAGCUUGAUGCUGCUCAUCCAGUCCAUCAUUGCUGGUUCCGCGCGCGCCGAGUUCAACCCUUCUUUCCACAAUGGCUUGACCAUCGCGGUCUACGUUGGCAUGUUGACCGGAGCGCUCUUCUGGGGUCUAUCCGCCGAUGUGAUUGGUCGAAAAUACGCCUUCAACUACUCCCUCCUCAUAUCCAGCGUCUUCUGCAUCGUUGCUGGCGCAUCGCCAAACUGGAUCGUCCUCGGCCUCUUCGUCUGCCUCUCAGCCUUCGGCUCCGGCGGCAACCUCGUACUCGACACGGCUGUAUUCUUGGAGUACCUGCCUUCCAAAGACCAAUGGCUCGUCACCGUUCUAGCCGCUUGGUGGGGCCUAGGCCAGCUCGUCGCCGGUCUCUUUGCCUGGGCAUUCCUUGUCCCCGCCAAGUGGAACUGCUCCGUCUCCGGCGAUCCAUGCACCUGGAACAACAACGCAGGGUGGCGAUACAUCUGGUUCACGAGCGGUGCGCUCAUCCUCGUCAUGUCCUUAGCCCGCGUUACCGUCAUCCGCCUUCGCGAAACUCCUAAAUACUUGAUCGGCGAAGGCCGUGAUGAGGAGGCCGUGGAGACGUUGCAGUUUAUCGCCAAUAAGUACCACAAGCCGUGCAGCUUGACCUUGGACCAGCUUCAGGCAUGCGGCCAGUUCGGACAGGGCCGGCGCGCAUCUGUGACCGCGCAUGCUAGGUCCAAGUGGAGUCCCGCUGAGAUCGGGAUUCAUUUGAAGGGUCUGUACCAGACGCGGAGAUUGGGUCUCAGUACUACCCUCAUCUGGUUCAGUUGGCUUCUCAUCGGAUUGGCGUACCCGUUGUACAACGUCUUCUUGCCAACCUACCUCGCCACGCGUGGAGCAGCUCUCGGCGAGACCAGUGCAUAUCUGAACUGGCGCAACUACGCUCUCGCCAACUUCUGUUCCAUCCCUUCGCCCAUCCUCGCAGGCUUGAUGUGCAGAUCCAGGAUCUUCUGGGGCCGCCGCGGUGUCAUGAUCAUCGGCGCUUUAAUCACCAUGGCUUUCUUCUUCGCCUACACGCAAGUCCGAACGGAAGCACAGAAUUUGGGCUUCACCAUGGCCAUCAGUUUCUUCCUAAACGUCUACUACGGCACGCUUUAUGCCUACACUCCAGAAGUUCUCCCGUCCGCGCAUCGCGGGACUGGUAACGGCAUAGCCAUCGCUUUCAACCGCCUCAUGGGCAUUAUGUCUGCCAUCGUGGCCACCUACGCCAACACUUCGACGCCCGUGCCCAUAUACAUCUGUGCUGCUUUGUUCGCUGUGAUGGCUCUCGUCUCUGCGGUCUUCCCGUUCGAGCCUAUGGGAAGCCGAAGCUCGUAAGAUGUUGGCGAACGUAGAGGAGAUGUACGCGGAAGUGGGCACUGGCACGGAGAUGGUGAGGCGGAGGCGGAGGCGGAGGCGGAGGUGGACGACUGGUGGAAUUGAUACCCAUGGACGGCGGGAUGGAUGACUGACGGCGAACUGGAGAUGGGUGUGUACGCAGUCACGAUGUCUAUG